AUGAGCGCACAAUCAGUGAGCGAAGAACACCUUGAUGUCCUCACCAAGAAUGGAGAAAAAACCGGCAUCUCUAAAACAAGGACUGAUGUCCACAGAGAUGGCGAUUACCAUCGGGCCGUUCACGUGUGGAUAUUUGCCGAGAGCACUCAGCAGCUACUUCUCCAGAAACGGGCCGAUUGCAAGGAUUCGUGGGCCGGGCUUUGGGACAUUUCUAGCGCCGGUCAUAUUUCUGCGGGAGAUCCAUCGCUUGUCACGGCUAGAAGGGAGCUUCAGGAGGAACUCGGCAUUACACUUCCAAAGGAUGCAUUCGAGUUGCUAUUUGUCUUUCUCCAAGAAUGCACCAUAAAUGAUGGAAAAUAUAUUAACAAUGAAUACAACGACGUGUAUCUUGUCACUACAAUAGAUCCGAUUCCAUUGGAGGCCUUCACUCUUCAGGAAUCUGAAGUUUCAGCUGUUAAAUAUGUAUCUUUGGAAGAUUACAAAAGCUUGUUAGCAAAAGAAGAUCCUGAAUAUGUGCCUUAUGAUGUCGAUGGCCAAUACGGCCAGCUUUUUGAAAUUUUGUCUAAAAGGUACAAACAAAAUGACGAAAAGCGCGCAUUGAGUCUACAAAAGCAGCUCAACCGUUACGCUCGUGUUUCCCUUGACGCAGAGCUGGUGGGGCUCAGUGAUGGCGACAAGGAAGCUCUGACUUCGCUCGUUAAAGCUGCAAAAAUAAUUGAUGAAAUUUUCCUCCUUCAGGUUUGGUACAGCAAUCCAUCGUUAAGAGAUUGGCUAAAACUGCAUGCAGAUGAAUCUAACCUCAACAAAUUGAAAUGGGUGUAUUAUCUUGUCAACAAAAGCCCAUGGGAAAGCGAGAGAAUAUUGGAUGAGUCACUUUUGCCAAACAAGGCCUCUAACAAUAGCACUACUGAUGCUCACGAUUUGUAUAUUGUUCCUUACUCGGAAGAAUACAAUGCUUUCCUUAAGAAAGCUUCUGAUUUGCUGCAUAAGGCUGGGGACUCGGCUAGCUCUUCCAGUUUAAAGAAGCUUUUGCAUAGCAAGGCUGAUGCUUUCCUAUCGAAUGAAUACUAUGAUUCGGAUAUUGCGUGGAUGGAAUUGGAUUCGAAGCUGGAUGUCACUAUCGGCCCAUAUGAGACGUAUGAAGAUACAAUUUUUGGAUACAAGGCCACUUUCGAGGCGUUCAUUGGAGUGAAGGAUGACGAGGCAACAUCUCAAAUCAAACUAUUUGGCGACAAUUUGCAGGUUUUGGAGAAGAAUCUCCCCGUGGACAGUGCUUACAAGUCGGAAGACGUGACUGCGGCCCCAAUUCGAGUCAUCCGUUUAAUUUACAAUUCAGGAGAUGUGAAGGGCCCACAAACUGUUGCUUUUAAUCUUCCCAAUGAUGAGAGGAUUGUAAAAGACAGAGGGACCUCUAUGGUCAUGCUCAAGAAUGUUUCGGAAGCAAAAUUCGAGCUUAUUCUUCAACCUAUAGCCCAUGCAUGCAUAGCUGAGGAGCAACGUAGUUACGUGGACUUCGACUCAUUUUUCACUCACACAAUUUGUCACGAGUGUGUUCACGGCAUUGGACCUCAUACAAUAACGCUUCCCGAUGGGAAACAAUCAACCGUGAGAUUGGAAUUGCAAGAACUUCACUCGGCUAUGGAAGAAGCUAAAGCUGACAUUGUUGGACUUUGGGCCCUUCGGUUUCUUAUUAACGAGAAUUUACUGCCGAAUACGUUGAUCAAAUCCAUGUACGUCUCGUUCCUUGCCGGUUGCUUCCGCUCUGUACGUUUCGGCCUGGAGGAAGCUCACGGGAAAGGGCAAGCUUUGCAGUUCAAUUAUUUAUUCGAAAAGGGCGCAUUUCUUAUGCAUCCUGACGGAACAUUUUCUGUCGACUUUGAGAAGGUCGAGGAAGCAGUCGAGAGCUUGAGUCGGGAGAUUCUCACUAUACAAGGAAAAGGCGAUAAAAAUGCCGCAAAAUCUCUCCUUUCAAAGCAUGGUGUGCUUACACAGCCGCUAAAAUCAGCGCUCGAUGAAUUGCAAGAUAUUGAGGUUCCGGUGGAUAUAUUGCCGGAUUUCCCAAUUGCCGACGAAAUUUUAAAGAAGAGCAUCUGUUGA